CCUGUGAUAGGGUGACCUAGUUUCUCUCUCUAAGGGUGUCCCACUUUCUUACUCUAAAAGUAAAGGAAAAUAUAGAUAUUUAUAUGUAGAGAGAGAGAGAGGCAUGACAGAGAGAUGAGUCAUGGCAUAAGGGCGCAUGGUCAUGCCCUUGGAUGAUUUUAAUACAACAAAACCUCCUUUCAAGGACAAAAGAUAAAACACACUACUCUCUCUUUCUCUCUCUCUGCUCUUUCUCUCUCUAGACUCGAUCAGGGUUUCUCUCAGUUUCGCACUCGAAUUCUGGUGACCCACCUUGGAAUCUCUGGCCACGCUUCAUCUCAUGGCUCUCAGCUUCGGAUGCUCUCUCUGACGAUACCAUUUGUUGGGUGGGCCGUGGAGGAUCGGACUCGGGUUGAGGGAAGAUCGUUGCGGGUGGUAUUCGAGUGAGAAAAAGUUAGCUGAUUCUUUUACCAUGGAGGAGUGUGUUUUGGCUGAGGCGAGUCAUCAGAGAGGAGAUUCCAUUCUUACAUCCAAGCCUAACAGACCACUUGUUAAGAUUGACUCCAUAUCUAUUGAUCUGAUCAGUGCUGAUGAGAAGAAUGAGGCAGAAAAGUGUCAACAUUUCUCAAUACGUGGAUAUGUGGCUGAAGUUCGGAAAAGAGACAAGAAGAUUUGUUGGCCAUUUGCCUUGGAUGAAAGCCAUAAUAAGUUGGAGGAGCAAACUUGCAUCCUUCCUCCUCUAGAUGUGCCCAAAUUUAGAUGGUGGCAUUGCCAAAAUUGUCUUCAGGAGAUUGGCACCAAGGCUUCUGAGAAGGAAAUUGCAACGGUUCCUAGCUGUAAUAACACUGUAUAUAAAUCCAAUGGAACUUGUUUGCACAUGACAUCCCGUGGUGCUGAGACGGUGUUGCUUUUAGAUUAUCCAAGAGCUUUGAAUGUGGACAUUUCUGAGGGAAGAAAAGUUGAUGCUAGCACUUCUGGAAAUGUGAAUGACAAUGAGCAUCAUGUUUCAUUAUGUAGUGAUAAGCAAGACAAGCAAGCUGAGGUUGCAUGUAGCAUCAUCAUAGGUGAUGAGAAUCGCUCAGAAGAAGAUGCAGAUCAGGUUAUUCCUGAACCACCUUGUGGUGCAGCAAAAGUGAAUCCAUGCCUGCUGAUGGAAAAACAAGCAGGUGACACAGUGGCUCUUGAAUUGAACUGCAAUGGAGUUUAUGAAGUUGCUGAUAUUGGGCUUUCUGUUGGAAAAAUGAAAUACAUGGUCAACAGCUCUGAUGAAACUUGUCAAAUGGGAAAGCAUACUUCAAUGGAUGAUCAGAACAACACAGCUUGGGGUUCGUCCAAGGUAGUUCCUGCAGUUGGUGUGGUUGAUGAAGCUCUUAACUCUGUCAGUGUCCUUAAAAAUGAUUGUCCGCUACUGGAAUUAGAUGACUCUGAUCAAGCAUCAUCUGAGAGUGAUGAAAUUUUGAUUAAAAACAGCUUCAAUCGGCAACAUGAUAAUUCAAGUGGUUGGCGUCGUAGAAAAUCUCGAAAGGUGCGUUUGCUGACAGACUUGUUGGGUGCAAAAGAAAAUAAUUCUACCUCCAAUGCAGUGAUUGAUGCAUCCACCAGCACAGAUUCACUUUCCGUUCCCCAAGGUGAAGUAGCUGUCCAAGGAAAUGCUAGAAGGGGUUUUAGGGGACAGAAUAGGAAGAGGAAGAUGUUUCAAGAUGAAGACUGGAGACCCCCUGAGAUAAGCUAUCAAAAUGAUGCGAAUAAAAAGUUUAGGACAUUCAAAGGAGAUGUGGAAAUAACUGAUAUCAACAUUGCAAUUGACAAUGCUGAAUCAGAAGAAGAUGGACCUGCUGGAAUUGGUUCACAAACUGGUGUAAAGACUCAUUGGACCAGACCCAAAAUUGAUAGAAUAUCUGGUCCCAAUAAGAAGAAGAAUAAGAAGACCUCAGUAGAUGAUGGAUGCUCUUCAUUAUUGCCUCCACAAGUAGCGACUGGCAGAGAAAUUCAGGACAAAAAUGGGGAUGCAGAUGUAGGCAAGGCUACUGAUGCUGUUUUAUCCAAAUCACCACAUGAUGCAUUUGCGGGUAAAAGAAUUGAGGCUUUUCUUAAAAAUUUGCCUGCACAGCAAACUGAGGGAAAAUCUAAUUUGUCUAAGAAGAAAAAUAAGAUGCCUCUAGUUGAAGAGGGAGAGGCUUCUUUAAUGCCUUGGAAAAGUGGAGUCAUCAGCAAAGAUCAAAUCACUAGGAAGGAAGUAGAAUAUUUGCAGUGCACGACUCAAACUGUUCCAUUUCAAUCAGUACAAGAUCAUUCCGCUGGAAAAGAUCUGCAACUUUUUCUCAAUAGCUUGGCUGCACAGAGAAAAGAUGAUGCAAAAUAUGUUGCACCGGUUGAAGAUGGGUUAGCUCUCUUUUUAUCGCAACAAGAGAACCUUCACAGAGAAGAUGUAGUUAUGAGGAAAGAUGUGGAAAGAAAGCAGCAUAUUGGAGGUUCAAGUAUUCCUUUUAAACCUGUACCAGAUGGAUUAUUUGGGGUAGGGGUGAAUCGUGAUAUCAAUGGUAAGAGAACUACUCAUGGAAUCCCUUUCCUGAGUGAAAAACAAAAUUGCUCCCCCAGUGUUGAAGAUUGGAGUUCUUCUUUGAAGCAGAAAGUGGAUUUCUCUGGGAAAUGCAACAAGGAGAAAGCUAUAGAAGUUCAAGAACUUUCAGAAGCUAAUAGAAAGCACAGUGACCACAGAGUUAAUGAAGUAUUUGAACAAGGAACUUCAGAUGACAUACCUAUGGAAAUUGUUGAACUCAUGGCAAGAAAUCAGUACGAGAGGUGUCUUUCUGAAACUAGAAAUGAUUAUCAUCUUUCAGAGACAACCAAUGACACAAGGAAUGCUGGAAUGCUGGAUUUCACUAAAGUAUAUGCUAAUGGGGCAUUCAGAUUGUUGCAGGAGGAAAACAGCCACAGGCAAAAACCUCAGUCCAGCUAUGGAAGAAAUAGUAUGUUCACAACAGCUGAAAAUGUAGGAUCCAGCAGAGAGAAGUCAGGUAGUUAUUUUUCUCAUUUUAGCAGUAGGAACCAUUUCAAUAUGGCUCAACCAGAAGGAACUCAUGGCUCUACUGGGGUUAUAGCAUUUCCAGUGUGUCAAGAGAAGCCAUCUAGUGGUGUUCAAUUUUCUUGUCCUGGUCCCAGCCGACAUAAUGGUGCUUCAAAUUGCAAGUGGAGUAGAGAUAUGGUGGGGCAGAGGUCUUCUCAUACUAGUUUGCAUGCCUUUGAAGCAUACAAUGCAUGCUACAACGCUCCUCAACAGAGUGAAGAAGCUGCUCAUGUUUGGUCAGCCAUGACACCAAAUCACAUGGCUUUUGGAUUCAGCAUUCCUCAAGAAUGUGCAACUCAUUCAAAUAACAUGGAUAUGAUUUCACAUUCGUCAAACAUGCUUCACAAAAGAAAAAUGACUGGCGAACAAGAUCUGAAGUUCUUAAAUUCAAAUGCUUUUGACCUUGAAAAGCAGAACAGGAGCAUUGGUUCUGAAACUUUGAACAGAGCACAUGUGGAAUAUCCGUUUGCUUGCAAAGAUAAUGGGAUCAAGCUUCAUCCAAAGCUCGUGGGGUCUUUAGAUCUGUAUUCCAAUGAAAACAUACCAGCUAUGCAUUUACUUAGCCUCAUGGAUUCAGGGAUGCAAUCAAGGACCCCCUUCAGUAUGGAUGGAGAUUCAAAAUUCCUUAAGAAAUCUGCUUUUCCUCGUGAUUAUGACUCUAGGGAGUUCUCAGGCCUGGAGAUUGGUGCAUAUAAGGCCAGAAAUUCCUCAAGACAACCAUCAUCUGAUCAUUGUGGUAAAAAUCACCUUGCAGAAAGAUCCUGUGCGUGUUCUCUUGCUGUUACGUCAGUUGGUGCCUUUGCUUCUUCAAGUCAAAAGGAUGGGAAUUUUAAGCCUGCUGGUUUAAUAGAUCAAGUUCUCCCAAGAUCUCGAGGAAAAGAGAAAUCAAAAGUACUUCCUCCACCUAUUCAGAACAGAGGCUGCACAUCAAGAAAAUCUUCAUCCACAUGUGGUGAUUAUUCUGGCACAAAUCAUGAAUCUAUCCCUAUCCAUGAUACGCAGAAAAGGUUCCCUGGUGCUUCCAACUCAAUGAGGUUUCCUUUGCAACCUCACACGAUUGAAAAUUCAAUUGAAUGCAUUGCAUUGGAGACCCACUGUAAUGGUGGAACUUUUUGGCCUAUCAACAGCAGGUCUGAGACGGAAAUCUGCAGCAUUAACAAAAAUCCAGCUGAUUUUAGUGUGCCAGUAGCAGGAAAUAUCUAUAUGAUUGGUGCUGAAGAUCUGAAAUUUGGAAAAUCAAUUUCUUCUGAGAAUAGAAAUGGCUUAAUCAAUGUGGAUGGGCACAAGAAAAAGAGGGUUGUAAAGCUCACUUCUGUAAAAGAACGUGCUCGACGCCGAAUUGCAUGAGCUUCUCCCAGAUUUCAUUACUAGUAGCAGUUCACUUCCAAAUACAUUUCUCAUUGAAAUAAUGGUUAUUGGGCACAUCCUUUUCAAGUGCAUUAGACAAAAAACUGUUUCUUGAAUUUUCAGUUGAGUCUUCAUUGUUUCAUUUUCAGCAGGUGGAAGUUUUUCUUGCUGGUUCCUGCAGAAAGAGAAAACCUUGUAUGCUUAGUGGAGGAUAUCAGAUAGCAAAUGCGUGCCAGAUUAUGCAUGGAAACUGAUCUUUAAUCAGCUCAGGAGUGAUGAUUCUCUUGGCUCUGGAUCUUUUUGGGCCUUUUCGAUGUCCAGGGAUGAACUAUGAGAGCCUUGUUAGGUGCGAGGUAAAGGCCUGUAUAUACCUACAUAUACCAUAAUCUUGCAAAAAUAAACUUUACAUAUAUGCAGUUUUGAUUUUGGGUCUGUAUGGUGGUGUUAUAUUUGACAAGGUUUCAUAAAAGCCCCAAUAUUGCCCUUUGGUUUUCUAGGGCCUCACAUGGUUCUUCAGUUUUCUUGGGUUUUAGUCUUAUGCUCCGUGCCUGACCAAGAAAUGGGAAUGGAAACAGAGAACAGGACAGUAGGUAUUUUUGGACUCCAAUCGAUGUAAUGGAGAGGACUUCAAAGCUUGUAAUUUAUUUAGUGUUUUACCAAAUAACUUGGUGAGAAUGAGACAAUGUUUAAUGAAAUUUGGGUGCUUCAGUA